AACAUACCCCCUUUUUGGGGGAUAUUUUGUGCCCUAGAUUUUUGAUCCUAACCUAACUCUGUCAGGUUUAUCGUCGUUAUAUUGUUGUCAGUCGUAUUUUGCUUGGAUAUUUUGGCGUCAGUUAAUGGACGAGUCAGAGGAUCAGAAUUGGUCUGUAGAUUGCUCGGACGAUGAGCUGAAGAACUGCUCAGAUCCUUGGGAACCAAAACCCGAGGAAAUCGAUCUAAUGUACAGUUUACUGAAUAAGGGCGAACUGCCCGAACUGAAGUGGAAGUGUCCUGGAUACAGAACUCCUUCGCCAGAGCGAAGAGAGGCUCCAAAAGAAGAAAAUGAGUCGAAAAAACAGGAUGAACAAGAUGAUUUUGAUUUCAUGGAUGAAAUGACGUCGCCCAAGUUGAAAAUUCGAAGCAAAGGAGCGGACACAUUAAAAGGCAGUGCUAAAAAGAAAACGACUUCGUUGGAUGGCGUUAUAAAUAACAUGAGAAGGCACCACUUGCUGCCCUCGUCAACGAAGUAACUCCUGUGGGAAAACAGGGCAAUCAUUACAAAGACACUCAAAUGCUUUUCAACGAGGUUUUAUUAAAGUCAAGACACUUCUUCUCCUAAAAAUAGCUGUAAAAGAGUGACUUAAAUAUGUUUAAUCUAAACAGUUUAUAACUCUCAUAAGCGUGCUGAUAAUACUUGUCUAAAAGUAUGUACUUCUCGAAUGAAUAUACGGAAUACUAGAGCAA